AUGAUGAUGAUGAUGAUGAUGAUGAGCCGUGUGAUGUGUGUGUUGGCCGUUGUGCUUUGCUGUAUGAGUGUGGGUGGAGCAACGAGUAACAGCGGCGUUGAGAAUGAUUUGAAAGAGAUUAAUGAUUUGGGAAAACGUGCCAUUGCAUUUGCAGAAGCAACGAAGACGGCGAAGGAAGAGACUUUGAAGUUGAAUGGUGAAUGCAGUUCUGCUGCAAAAAAUGCCAAUGACUUAACCGGCGCAGCCAAUGAGUUUGUACAUAAAAUUGAUAAGUUGCUCGCAAAACCGGAGAGUGUCCCAUCUGUUCUGGAGACUGAGAAGAUAAAAGGCGAUGAACUUCUGGAGAAAGUAAAGAAGGCCGCAGCCUAUGCAAAAAAUAUUGCAAGGUUAACUAAAGCAGCAAAAAAGCCGAUUAUUGAAAACGGAGAAGCUGCUCGGCAGCUAUUAAUUGAUUUUAACAACUCAUAUAAGAGUAUGACGUCACCCAACAAAGGAGGUGAUAAAGAGGAAAGACUGAAGGAGCUUAAAAAAAAGGUAGACACCGCAUUCCCUAAUACGAAUGAGGAUAAUCUCGCACAAUUCGUCUUCGCUGGAAUCGAUGCCGCAGAUGAAGCACAGGCGGCGGCAAAGAAAGCUGAAGAUACAGUGGAGCCAGCGGAGACAGCUGCUAACCUUUUGGACAAGGCCUUAAAGAAAAUCGAGGACGCCGUUAAUGCUGCUAAGGAGAAGAGUAAAGAAAGACCACCACAAGAAACCCAAGGAUCAUCGAAUAACAAACAGGAUCAGAGUUCCCCCAUCGACUCUACUUCUACCAAGCAACCAUCUCCUGCAAAUAGGACUGCCACACCAGACUCACAAGAAAACAAUUCCACUACUUCGCCGAUCUCCGAGAACACUGUCACAGAGGCACCACCCACCACUCCAUCUCCUGCACCUUUACCCAACGCAGAUACUAACAACAUCGUCUCCACAGUACAGAACAACAAGGCUAAUGUUGACAGCAGUGUCAGUCCUGUGUGGAUGCGCACUGCAGCACCACUCUUGAUUGUGGCUGUGUUGUUCUCCGUUACCCUGUACUGA